AUGUUGAACUUAUAUUUCAAACAAAUAUGGUUGAUAACUUUAUUUUUAACAAUAUUUUUAUUUGAAGAAUAUCUAGCUCAAACUAUUUGUCCAAACAUGACUUGGUCACCUGAUGGAAUAACAAUUGCUGGUUCAUCAUUAGGCUUGUCAAACAACACUGCCGCAUAUCUUAAUAUGCCGCAAGACGUAUUCAUUGAUCAGAAUGGUACUCUCUAUGUCCUAGACAGUGGAAAUCUUCGGGUGCAACGUUUUUUUUCCAAUUCGACUAUUGGAACAACGAUCAUCGAUGGAACUUUUGGUUAUAAGCUCAAUCAAUUCUAUACUAUGGAUGGCAUUAGUGUAGAUCUUAGUGGAAAUAUUUAUAUUCUUGAUCAUGGAAAUGAACGUGUAACUAAAUGGAUACCUGGUGCAAUCAAUGGAAUAGUCGUCGCUGGUGGAAAUGAUAUGGGUAGUCGUAGUAAUCAACUAUAUCUUCCUUAUGGAUUUUUUAUGGAUCCCAUUACAUUAUUUAUUUGGAUUGCUGAUACAUAUAAUAAUCGCAUCGUUCGAUGGGAAUCUCCAUCAACAGGUAUUAUUGUUUGUGGAAGUAAUGGAACAAGAUCGGACCAAUUUUACUCACCAUUCGGACUAUUUGUUGAUACAAUUAAUUCGAACACGAUUUAUGUUGCAGAUUCAUUUAAUCAUCGAAUUCAAAUGUGGUUACAAGGAGCAACUAACGGCACAACAGUAGCUGGCCAAACAAGUGUUUGUGGUUCAGGGCUUAACCAACUAUGUUUUCCAUCGUCAGUCAUUAAAGACAAUAAUGGGAAUAUAUAUAUUACAGAUCAUUCGAACUGUCGUAUUAUGCGAUGGAAGAUAGGAUCAACUUCUGGUACGAUGAUAGCUGGAAUCAUAUAUUAUGGAACAUUGCCAAAUCAAUUGUAUUAUCCAUUCAAUGUUAAAUUUGAUC